AUGAUGGAAAAACUGAAAUCAGAGCUGUCUCAGCCAAGUCCAAGCGAUGAGCAGUGUGCAUCGCCCCGACACGACACCUCCACGACUUCCUCCGCAGGUUUAACUACAGUGGAGAAGGGCGAGGCAUGCGGGAAACAGGAAGGCACGACGACCGUGGACUCGGCGGAAAGUAAGCAGAGAGGGGAGUAUAUCCCAGAGGACCACUGCAAUGGGACUAUCAUCCUUAAUGGCGUUGCCAAGGAAACGGCUUACCACGCCAGUGAGCUAAAAAAGGAAGUGCCAGUGAUCGAGUUGGCCAGGAGAGGAGGGACCGGUGAUAUAAAAGCCAGGGAGCUUAAGGCAGACAGCAGCCACAAGGUGCAGACUACUGAACUGUGCAGACCACCUAUUCCUCUGCCGCUGCCUCCCAGGGAUCCGCUUAGCGAAACUCGAAUGGUGCAAUUGAGCCCACCCGCUUUUCCUCUCCCGGCUCGAGCGAUGCUCUACAGUAACAUGGCGCAACCGCUCGCCACUAUUAACAGUGGCUUUGGGGGAGAACCGGAUCAGUAUGGAAUGUACCCCAGUAAUCGAGUGAAACGUCGCCCUGCGCCUUAUGAGGUUGAAAUCAACGAUGCCUCGCAGCCCAAAAUGGUGCGGCGGAUUUUCACCAACAGCCGUGAGCGUUGGCGUCAGCAGAACGUGAACGGGGCGUUCGCCGAGCUGCGAAAGCUCAUCCCCACCCACCCGCCGGACAAGAAACUGAGCAAAAACGAGAUCCUCCGUCUGGCCAUGAAGUACAUCAACUUCUUGGCCAAGCUCCUAAACGACCAGGACGACAUGCUGGGGGGUGAGGCCGCCACCAGGGCCAGGGAGGGCCGGGAGUCCGGCCUGGUGAGGGAAGACAUCCUCCAGGAGAUGCUGUCGCCCAACUCCAGCUGCGGAAGCCUUCUGGACGGGGAGGGCAGCCCAGAGAGCUUCACCGAGGACCAGGACUCGUCGGUGGAAUCUCGACCGGCGGCCAGGGGACUGCACCACUCCUCCCUGCCCAUGGACGGCAGCAACCAUCGGUGA